UGUGCCGAUACCAGAAGAGCGAUGGAGAAGUUAGACAUCGGUAUAGUGCACCUGUCCUAAAGUGAAACCCUACGAACUCUAACUACUGAAGACAAUGAAGUAAACUAGAGAUGGGCAGAUGAAGCCUUGUGAAGCUUUUGAGGCUUUUCCCUGAUUGUACCAAAAAUGAUUCAAAGCCUCAAAGACAGACCCUACCAGUGACAUCUAGUGGUCAGCUGCAAUUAUAGAAGCCACUUUCUAAUGAUUCACAUCUUGUUGAUUCCAGUUAACACAAAAGCAAUACUCAGCAAUACCAGCUGUAUCUUCUGUUUGAGAAUCAUUGUCCACACGUCAAAGCGUUACAACGUUUUGAAAUGUCACUUUACUAGUAAAAUGUUUGAAAUAUGUUGCAAUAUGCAAUUCAGUGGAUACUUCUUAUGGUGGAACUGAUUAUAAGGACAUCCCUGGAUUUAGAUUUUCUGAUUCGCAUUAAGAGCAUUUUGCGUCUCCUUGUAAGGAAUGAAGGCACGGCAAAGAUUUGAAUCAGUCACAUCGCUUCAGGUGUUUAAUUGUGACGUAUGAAGCCUCAAACGUCAUCGGUCACGUGAUCACAUACAUUUGAUACAAGCCUCGACACAGUUUCAAACCAGUCUGCUUCAAUAGAGUAAAACAGGUUUCGAAGCCUUAGUGUCAAACGUCCCAUCUCUAAAGUAAACCCCUGGCCAUAUUUAAACAACCAUUUCAGCUUUAAAAACAGGAUUAUGGACGCUGUGCAAACUAGCAUUUUAUACAAAUCCUAAUGUGCAAGAAUGUAGAGGGAAACCACAUCUGCGCAUCUUUACAUCUUAACAUCUCCACCUGCAUCUUACCUGGCCCGGUUUACAAAUACAGAGGAAGUGUCUCUUAACAGCCAGCUAAAACUACCUGGAUAAUUCAGAGCGUACCAGUCCGAGUGAGGAAAGGAACAGCACUCAGUUUGUGCACGGCUCUGGGUUCAGUAAAGGAACAUUGAUCGUACUCCUCGUUAUCUUGUUAACGCUGGCUCUCCCCUCUGAUGAUUGUCCUUGUGUGCCCAAUAAACAUCUUAAGUUGAUCCAAUGCUCUCUGCUGUGUUCUGACCGACACCCUGGUUCACUGCUCUACUUAUCUGAAACUAGCCCCUCUCAGAGUAGCCCUUCGCUACAUUUGUGGUCCUUCGAGCCGGAUAGCAGCUGUGCUGGGAGUAUGCAGCCGAGCGAUGGAGCCCAAGCGCCAAAUGAGACAACCGGAAUAUUUACAGGAUUACGUGGUUGGAGCAGCUCCACCGAGGAGGUCUAGCCCAACACGUCACAGUACGCCCUCCUUUCCACCCAGAGCAGCUGAGUGGAUCCCACGUUCUCACGUUACAUGGAAUAAAACCCCUUGCACAAGGGAUGAGUCCUCCGCUGACUGGGAUGAUAGCCUCCAAGACACGAACAUAGCAUGGUCACACCCACCAACUACCUCUAUCCGGGAGCCGAGACUAGAGCGACGGACACAGCCCACAGAACCAUGGCCGAGACCUCCGCCCUCCAGGCCCGAUGACUUCCAAUUAGGGGAAGAAGAGGAGCUUGAAGAGUUACCGCCACUGCCAUGGCCCCCAUUUGAGUACCAUCCUAUGCCCACAAGGGUGGAGGAGCACAGAGUGAUUACCGUCAUAGAUAGGAUGAUGAAAGAGCUACAGCUCAUGAGAGACCAAGCGGUGUCUGGAGCACCAGCUCACGAUCUCCAGCACUCUCACCAACGAAAUCCUUCUUCGUACAGACUAAGUAAUGAACAUUGUGAUGCUCGGCCUCGACCCCAGAGGUCAGGAUCCUUCUCACCAAUGUCUCACGCGGAGCAGUUCCCAACCAGAGUCGACAUGAGUUAUCCGCACCGUGCUCGAUGCCUACCUCAGUCGCCAGGAGUCAUGUCACUGGGAAGAGGAGAAUACCAGGGACCAGCACCAAGAAUCCCUCUUUUCGUUCAUAAAGACCCGAUGGAGUUCUCCAGGCUGAAGCUAGCUUUAACCAACCUGUUACCUGCUGAUGCCCCUGAGCUCUUUAAGUACCAGAUCCUUGUGGAUCAUGUGAAGCUUGAGGAAGCCUGUCUCAUAGCUGAUUCCUUUAUUAACUCACCCAGGCCUUACAUGGACACAAUGGCCGCCCUGACGGAGAAGUUCGGACAGCCUCAUCAAGUAGCCUUAAAGAGGAUUGCGACCAUCAUGGAUUCACCUGAGAUCAAAUGAGGAGAUAUAGUGGCCUUUGAAAGAUUCUCACUGCAUGUACAGUCACUAGUGGGCAUGCUACAGACAUUGGGUCCGGAUGGUGAUGUGGAGCUUAGAUGUGGUUCUCAUGUAGCUCGCAUCCUCUCCAAGCUUCCGACCGAGAUGAGAGCGAACUUCAGACGACAGAUGUUCUACGGUCAUGGGCAUACUCACACUUUGCGUGACCUGGCAGAAUGGCUCAGAUAUGAGUCUUUGUGUCAAGGCUACGACAACAUCUCAGAUGUCCAUACCCAAGGGUCAACAGGCUACCGACCGGAGAAGCGACGCAGCCGACCUGCAGCUACAGUGCUUCACAGAGCUGAAGGCCGUAUGCCGAGUCAGGCGGGAAAACAAGAGAGUCACAGCUCUUUCAAUCCGACCAAAAGAGGCAAUGUGAAACCGUACUGCCCUUAUUGUGAGAACAACGACCACUUCCUUAAUAAGUUGCCUGAUGUUCAGAAACUCACCAGAGAGGAGAUCAGAGAGUGGAUAAGAGUGAACAAAAGAUGCUGGAAAUGUGGACGAGGACAUCAAGCCGCACAAUGUGACCACAAGAAGCUCUGCGAUGUGUGCCACGAGAGGCACCUCAGGAUCCUGCAUGAUGCCAAUGCUCGCCCAAAGGUCGAACCGCCAAAGACAGAGAGUUGCCUAGUGAGCUCCGGAAUAGAAAUACUCUACUUGGACAGACCAUCGUUUCAUUCCCGUGUCCUACUGAAAGUCGUCAGGGUACUUCUGCGCAAUAGAGACAAGACACUAGAAACGUACGCUGUCCUCGACGAUGGUUCUGAGCGGACGAUGCUCCUCGCCGAAGCUGCCGACCAACUGGGCCUGCCCAAGAAGCCCGAGGACCUAGCCCUCUGCACAAUCCGACAGGAGGUUCAAACCCUGAAGGGAUCAUCUGUCUCGUUCAGCAUAUCCUCCCCCUCUCAUUCCAAGAGGACCUUUCGAAUAACAGACGCUUUUACUUCUCAGUACUUGGCUUUGGCAGAUCACACCUACCCCAUUGCCUGUCUUAAGAAGAAGUACAGGCAUCUGGUCAACAUUCCUCUUGAGCCCUUUUAGCAUGUGAAACCACUCUUGCUGAUCAUUGCUGAUUACCCCCAUCUACUCACCCCGAUCGAGCCGGUGAGACUGGGACCGCCAGGAGGACCAGCAGCUGUCUGCACUAGGUUGGGAUGGGCCCUCCAAGGACCUUCUCAUCCCAUACAGUGGACAAUGGGUGCAAGGCAGUGUCUCUUCACGAGUGUUUCCCCUCAGACAGAGCUAGCACAGGACGUAGAGAAGCUCUGGAAGAUGGACAUGCUGCCCUACCAGACCAGCGAACUGGUGGUAUGAUCAAAGCAGGAUCAGGAAGCGAUUGAGCUCCUCGAGACAAAGAGAUGGCGAAUAAAUGUCGCAGGUGUACUCAGGUAUGCCACCCCACUGCUGCGGAAACACGGUGUUUCCUCCCUCAGAGCACCUAAAGAGGCCAUCCUACCAAGUCUCAGAAGUCUGGAGAGGCGCCUAGACAGGGACCCCCGACGGGCUAACGAGUACUGUGCAGCAAUCCACAAGCUGGUGGAAGCAGGUGCUGUCAGGAAGAUAGAUCCACAGGAAGCCUCACUCACCUAGGAAUCGUGGUACAUACCCCACCACCUAGUGAGCCACAACGAGAAGAGCUGCCUGGUCUUCAACUGUUCGUAUCAGUUCCAGGGUCGAAGCCUAAAUGAUGCCCUCCUUCCCGGGCCUACACUAGGACCAUCCCUGCUCGGAGUUCUGCUGCGCUUCAGGGAUCUUGCAGUAGCGUUCAGUGGAGACAUCCGCAGCAUGUUUCACCAAGUUCGGAUCCCUCCGGAAGAUCGAGCACUCCUCAGGUUCCUUUGGAGGGACAUGAAGCGUAACGAACCCCCCGACAUCUUUGAGUGGCAAGUUCUGCCGUUUGGCACUGCGUGCUCACCGUGCUGUGUUACUUUUGCUCUCCAGAGACAUGCUAGAGACCAUGGUGGACCAGACGGAAGAGUCAGGCAUUCGGUGGAGCAGUGUUUUUAUGUGGAUAACUGUCUCCAGAGUGUGCCCACA